AUGGCGUUGGCGGUGGUGGCGAAUGUGGCCACGGUGGCACAGCUCAUCGAGCAGGUGACCGGCAUUGUCUCCAGGAUCAUUCGGGCGGUGGCGACGGCACGCCAGAACAAGCAGGAGUGCGAGCACCUCGCGCUCCGCCUCUCCAUCAUCGGCGACGUGCUGCCUCACCUCCCGCGGCUCCCGGUGGUGGAGCGGCCACUCAAGGAGCUGCGCGCGGCGCUGGGCAAGGCGCACGAGAUCGUCCUCGCUUGCCAGGAUCGGAGCGCCGCCAACCAGUUCUUCGGCGCCCGCCGCCACGCCGAUAGCUUCAGGGAGGUCAAUGACAGGAUCUACUUCCUUCUCAGCCUCUUCCCCAUGGUCAACUAUGCCGCCAUCACCACCCAUCUUGCUCGAAUCAGUACCCAACACACGAUCACCGUGCCAUCGCCGGGCUCUAGCUCUGGCUCCCUGCAGACUCUGACGGUGGUGCCCGAUUACCCCUGCAUGUUCACGUGGGCGGAGAUUGUAACGGCGACCCACAACUUUGCUGACAAGCUCGGCGGAGGUUGCUCGGUGACGGUGUACAAGGGCCGUCUCCACGACGGCCCGGAGGUGGCCGUUAAGGUGCUGGACAAGCACAUGACACAUGACACGUUCGUGCCGGAGCUCGUGAUCACCUUCCGCCUCCGCCACGACCACAUCGUGCGCCUCGUCGGCUGGUGCGAGGAGGAGGACGACCGCAUGUUCGUCUACGAGCAUAUGAGCAACGGCACGCUUAGAGACCGCCUGCAGCGCGCCAGCGGUGGCUCUAGCUCGUCGGCAGCGACGGCGCCCUGGAGGACCCGCGUCGCCGCGCUGCUGGGCGCGUCCCGGGCCAUCCAGUACUUGCACUGCGGCGCGGAGCCAGUGGUCAUCCACCGCAAUGUCAGCUCGUCCAGCAUCCACCUGGACAUGAACUGGACACCGCGCCUGUCCGGCUUCGGCGCAGCGGUGUAUCAAGCGGCGGGCGAGGAGCAUGGCGGCCAGCUCGUCGAGGAGGUCGUCGGCACGCCCGGGUACGUCGACCCGGAGUACAACCGCACGAAGCGUGUGAGCACGGCGAGCGACGUGUACAGCUUCGGGAUGGUGAUGCUAGAAGCGCUGACGGGUGAGGAUCCGGCCACCCUGCAGCUGGACUCCAUACGGACCGGGAAGCUAGCACUGAAGGAUGUGCUGGACCGUCGGCCGUCGCUGGACCCGACGCUGCCGCAGAUGGAGGCGCUGGAGAUCGUGGCGGACACGGCGAAGCGCUGCCUCUGCCUGUCGCGGAUGGACCGGCCGGCCAUGUCGAAGGUCGUGGCCAACCUCGAGGAGGCACUCCAAAUGAUACGCAGCCAUGAGCCAAUGUCCAUGGCACGCUGGAGCCUCAUUCGACGAAGAACCAGUGAGAAUUAA